AGUUAGUAAAAGUCCAUUCUCUCAUUUUACGCUUCGAUAGAAGAUUCAAAGAAUUCCUUCAACAUAUGUACCUGCUGUAUCAAAUAAAAUAAACAAACAUGAGAAACGGUUUCCUUCGUUCUAGCACGACGGUGGGCAUUGAGCCCGGUUCGGCGAUCAAGAAGGGAGGCAGGGAAAAGUCAUCCUCUGCAGUAUCUGCGAAGGGUGAAGUCGAAUGGACCUCAUUUCAAGCGGAAGCACUCGUUUAUGAUGAAGAAAAGAUGUCGAUAUUGUAGUGGGUAGUUUUACACUUAUCAAGCAGAUCUCCUUGCAUGUUGGCCGUUUUUAAGUCAGACCACGCACUCUAUCGACUACAUGAUCAUGUACAACAUGAUCUUCUCCCUCUCGUCAAUCUCUCCCGCUCUAACCCUUCGGUGUCUUCCGUGCGCUUUUAUCCGAGAAUCGCACUUGGCUAGACCUCCAAAAGCGAUUGCGCUAUGGGACAGGUGCGAGUCCGCCUUCUGCUCACUGCGAAGAACAUCCGGAUGACGAGUGCAACUGCAUAGUUCGGAUACCAGGAUUAUGCGAUCCUGUCUCAACAACCGGUGACGGGGAAGAAGAGGACCCCAAUUUGAUGGUAUGCGAGGAAGUCGAGGUUACUGAUGCGCCAAUAUCAGCAUCUUCAGGAGGUUUUGGUUUUGCAAGGACUUCAUCAACAGGGGGAUCAGCAUCAUCGUCACUAGGAGCUUCUUCGGGUACAACAGCAACUACAAACAAGUCAGGAACAUCUUCUAGUACAUCUAGUACAUCUUCUCGUGCAUCUUCUACCAAGUUAAAGUCAAAAGAAGGACAACAAUCUGCAGAGGAGGAAGCGAAAAAGAGUGACGUGGCUGGUCGCCUCCUAGCCAAAUGGACUAGUAAUAAUGGACUUUUGGAGAUUUUACCUACAGUCCUGUCUGAUGCGGCGAAAACGUUCGGGAAUAUCAAGAAGAAAGGCGAAGCAGCAGGCAUGCGAUUAGAAGGCGAAGAAGCUGCGUCUAUACGGAAAGAUGUGGCGCGUGAGACACUGUUGCGGGAGCUUUUACGCCAAGUCAAUAGCGAAAACACUGCUGCCUUGAACACUGCAAGUCGUGAUGCUGGGUUACUUGCGACACCCAUGGGAUGGAAUAAUUUAGGAAUGAUUUCAAGAAAACGACUUCCUCUUUCCGAGAGAAGAAACUUCGGGAGCCAGAACUACUACCUUGCAUUGGCCAGAGAAAUCCGCCGAGUAUUAGUUUCUACAUAGUCUUUAGCAGAAUAGUGAAUCCACACUGAAGACAGCUCUAUCCUCAUACAUAGAUACGUCUAGUACCUUAUAACUAGCACCUUCUAAACCCUGCUGGCACAAACCCAAAGUUGGACUGGCUAUCUGUGGAUGUCCUUCGUGGCCUUAACACAAGCGGAGUUGGCGUCCAAGACUCGUGGUGCAGUUUGUUGGCCUCGGGAACCGGAAAAGCGGAUAAGUUAUGCUCUCAGAUGCGGUUCUUUGUGAAGAAUAUAUCUCAGUCUUGGGACUGCUGAGGGGUGGAACUGUCUGAUCUUAGUCUAACAUAGAUAACAGAGGAGUCGUCACUAGAAGUUGUUUUCCGUGUCAAUCUUCGUCCUUCUUUCAUUCCCCGCGCACGCUUCUUGGUGUGAGCAAGUCUGGAAAGAGCUAGAACUGAUGGAAUUCGAUGGGGAGUUCGAGCCCGUCGUUCAAGAAUCACAUGCACGCGGUGACCGGAUCUGCUAUAAUUACGGCUUUGGAUAAACUUGAACUUGAUACGGCCACGAGUUCUCAACUGGAGAGCGCCAAUCAACUGGCGAGCUACGAGUUCUCAACUGAAGAUAGCGAAUCAAUGAGUUUCCUGUAGUUCUUCGCCUUUGAAGAACUCCAACUAAAAGAUUCAAUCCUGGGCUCUUCCCUCUCUAAAGCGGAACACUUUCGGAUCUGAACCGUGAGAAGCAGCGAGCACUGUUGCGGUUAUUGCAAGGAAUGGUCUCAUUGCCCUUCGAACUCAACAAAAAGUGCAACUUGCUGUUGCAAGGUACUGUAAGAUUCUAGGUCGUUGUUCAAUAUAGUUGCCUUCUAUGUGUGUUGUACAACUUGAAAUUAUAGGCAUGCAUCGGCAUCUUGUUGAUCUAGAAUUUGACGUUUUGCAAAUAGCGAACUCCAUCUCCACCUUGAACCUGCAGGUAGCGGGACCUUCCAGUUGAGUGUCUUUCCAGCUGGGAGCUCUUUUCGACGACAUCGGGAUGGCGGCAUAGGUGACAGGGACAACGGGCGCAAAGUAACAGCUAUAGUGAUGUUCUGCAAGCCGGCGACAGAGAAUACGCCGUUUUUUCGGACUUAUCCUUAUGAGCAAGAUAUUGCUGUCGUAGAUCUACUUCAUCUAUCAUAUAAAAGAUGAAAGAGAUGAAGCAUAGCAUUAAUAGGAGAUGUGUGCUUCAUCUUCAGUACCUGUAUGAUCUUAAUACUUGGCCUACCUGCUCUAAUUCCCCCUCAUCUCCCACGACCAAGAUGGCGGCGGCAACAACGAUUGCAGCGAGGAUGACAUCAUCACAACGAGACCCGGACGGCUUCUUCUUUUGAACACAAGGGAGAAGCCAUAUGAAAUUCUACCGACUGCAGAAAAACGUUUUCUCGUGUCGAUGUAUCUGCCAGGACCUCCUGCUAAAGGGGGUGCAAAUCGUGCCAGGUGAUGAGAAUUGGGGUGUCAAUAUUGUAGACGAGAAUAUACUGUGAGGGUGUAGUGUGGAAUUGGUACAACCCAGACGCAGUCGAAAAUGAACUUAACCUCAGAAGUAAAAUGUAGGACUUCAUCACGCCACGAGCACGACUCAUUGCAAACAUUUAGUAGAUCAUCAACCUGUAGUCGUUGUACGCUACAUUAUUCUUCAACCAAAGCAUUUUGCGCACCUACGAUUGUAGGCACCAUGAGUAUCUAUGCACAUCACAUUCAACAUUGUCAUGUCUACCUUAGGAAUCAUUUUGGUUUUGCACACAUAUCUGCAUCCAAGAACAAAGCAAUGCGUAGUUGAAGUGGGCAACUACAAAGCAAAUCUCGACGUCGUGAAAAAACAUACAGAUACAGUUCGUCACUACAUUUUUUGCCGUUGUAAUUUAACGAUCAUCGCAUGCUUAUUCCACGCUUGCGAGGCGUGGCCUCCUCAAAACGAUG